GCGGGCGGCGGGCUGGGGCGGAGCUGCCAGGCUCCUUGCUCCCCGCCCUCUCCCGAGGCGCUGCGGGGGCGGGGCCGGGAGCUGGCUGGGCGGCGUGGCUCUACUAAUUGGGCUCUGGGGCCGCCGAGCGAGCUGACCCGCGCGGACUCGGGCGCAGAGCGGAGGCGCGAGGAGCAGAGCAGCCCGGGCAGCGCCGCCCGGCCUGACCCAGCCGCUUCAGUGUAGGGCCUCUGGUGGCGACGGCGACUUCCAGCCCGACCGGUGCAGGGCCUCGACCGAGCGGCGGCUGAGUGGGGCCUUGGCCCGGGCGCUGGGGAAACCCGCCCCGCAGGACAGCGGGAGGAAGCGGCCGCGGCGCUUCCCUCCCGAGCAGUGCGCGCCAUGUCGGGUGGGCCCCCCAAGGCCCUGCAGUCCACGGGGCCGCACUCCCUGCGCGACAUGCCGCACCCUCUGGCCGGGUCCAGCAGCGAGGAGGCCGUGGGCGGCGACAGCACGCCCAGCCCGGACCUGCUUAUGACCCGCAGCUUCGGCGACAAGGACCUCAUUUUACCUAAUGGUGGUACCCCAGCUGACACAUCAAGUCCAGCUUCUUCAUCAUCCCUGCUCAACAGACUUCAGCUUGAUGAUGAUAUUGAUGGUGAGACCAGAGAUCUCUUUGUAACGGUUGAUGAUCCCAAGAAGCAUGUCUGUACCAUGGAGACCUACAUCACAUAUAGGAUCACCACUAAGAGUACUCGGGUGGAGUUUGACCUGCCAGAAUAUUCUGUUCGUCGAAGAUACCAGGAUUUUGACUGGUUGAGAAACAAGCUAGAGGAGUCCCAGCCCACUCAUCUCAUUCCCCCGCUACCUGAGAAGUUUGUGGUGAAAGGUGUAGUGGAUCGUUUUUCAGAAGAAUUUGUAGAAACCAGAAGAAAAGCUUUGGAUAAAUUCCUAAAAAGAAUUACAGAUCACCCUGUGCUCUCUUUCAAUGAACACCUCAGUGUCUUCCUUACUGCUAAGGACCUGAAUGUCUACAAAAAGCAGGGAAUGGCGUUGCUGACUAGAGUGGGCGAGUCAGUCAAGCAUGUCACCGGAGGUUACAAGCUGAGGAGUCGACCUCUUGAGUUUGCAGCUAUCGGUGAAUACUUAGAUACAUUUGCACUCAAACUGGGGACCAUUGAUCGAAUAGCCCAGCGGAUCAUCAAAGAAGAAAUAGAGUACCUUGUAGAGCUGAGAGAAUAUGGGCCUGUGUACUCCACAUGGAGCGCCUUAGAAGGGGAGCUAACUGAACCCCUGGAGGGAGUAUCAGCUUGUAUUGGCAACUGCUCUACAGCAUUGGAAGAGCUGACAGAUGACAUGACAGAGGAUUUUCUACCUGUGCUCAGGGAAUAUAUUUUAUACUCUGACUCCAUGAAGAGUGUAUUGAAGAAGAGGGACCAAGUGCAAGCAGAAUACGAAGCCAAACUGGAAGCUGUGGCUCUGCGGAAGGAAGACCGCCCCAAGGUGCCAGCAGAUGUUGAGAAAUGCCAGGACCGCAUGGAGUGUUUCAAUGCUGAUCUGAAAGCUGACAUGGAGAGGUGGCAGAACAACAAGAGGCAGGACUUCCGGCAGCUGCUCAUGGGAAUGGCAGAUAAGAACAUACAAUAUUAUGAGAAGUGCCUCAUGGCGUGGGAGUCAAUUAUUCCACUACUGCAGGAGAAACCAGAUGCCAAGUAAGUUUCUUCUUGAGAGAGAGAGAUAAAGAGAGACUCUUCUACCUACACAGGGAUUGGCAUCCGAUACUGGAAUGUCCCUGCUAUGCCAGAGAGAUGAUGGCAUUGGGCACAUAACCACAGAUACAUCUCUCCUUUGUGUAUUUCUUUUUCAUCCCUUCUUCCUUUACCCAAACAGUUGUUUUCAACUAGUAUUUAUUCCUUGGUGGAGCCUGCAAGGCUAUAAUCCUCUCUCAACAAAAGAAGCAUACCUCCAUGUGGUGAAGUGGAACACUACAAAGAUUUGAAACUGAGGGACAAAGCAACCCUCUGACAUCUCACUAGUUUCCUAUUUGAGUACAGCAGAAUUGCCUGUUGUUGAAGAAACCCAAGUCUGGCUAUUCAUAGGACACAAAGAAGACACAAAGGCAGCUUUUGUUAUUUUUAGAUACAUAGGAGCUCUGGAAUUGAUCUCCAAGGGCGCUGACUUGUCUCAACCUAAAAGAAGAUGUUGACACCCUGAAGGAAAUCCUUAAUGUUCAAUGGCCUAUACCUGUGAGUGUGGCCUGCUGAUUGUUUAUGAUGAGUCUGUGAAGGAGCAUUUAAAAUCAAUAUCUUUAUAUGUUCAUGAUGGAAAGAAAUUGUCUUUGCCCUUAUGUGAUGCCUUGGGAAGCAGGAGGGAGGGGUGGGGGUGGCCAGGGCUUGCUCCUCAAAUUUGUUUCUAACACUAGAGUGAAGUUCAUUGGGAACUGUCUUGUGUAAAAUGAAAAAUGGUGCAUUUUUCUCUGUGAUAUUUUUCAAUGCCUUCUGCUUGUUAAAUGUCAACAGAGUAGAAAUUAGUCCAGUUAGAGUAUGUAUGAUCUUGAAAUCAGAGCAGCACCUCAGUUGUUGAGAUAAUGUACACCAAGUCCCACCUUUAAUGUCUACUUUGUGCAAUCUGCCUUUACUUCACCAAAAAUUCCUAGCUUAGUGUUUCCUGCAGUGUCCACUGAAUGUCUGAGCAACCUUCUGGUGAGAGACUGCUGUGCUGUUAUGAUACAGUUGAGAUUUUUGAACUUAAUGUGAAUGUUCUACAUGAAGUGCUUUAAUCCUUAAUAUUUUCCGAUCAGGAAGAAAAGUCAGUGUCUGGAUGAACCUUCAAGAUGACAAGUGCAACAGUGAAGUGUCUAGUUAAGCUAGAAGUCUCAACUUGUAGCCAAAUUUUUGGGCAUGUUGACUGCAUCUAAAGUCUUCAUUUCAAAUUAUUUCCAUGUUUACUUUUCAAAUCAGCACAAAUCAUGUGGAUCAAGAGGAUUUAUCAUCUGACUUAUUUUGCUUUUCCUCCUGAGAUGAAGCUACAUAUUUCAUGCUUGUAUUCCUUCACCUGUGGCUCACCUCUAUAAGAUUAUACAUCUGAGCCUCAACUAAGUAGUAGUAUUUUCAAAUGGAAUUUGUUAUGCUGAUACACAGCCAUAUGUGCAUAUUAACCUGCAAUGCCAAUUAACAUGCAGCAUGUUGAAGGCACUUCAUUCCACUUCUAACUUGUAGACUUGACCUUGUAUCAGCAACAGCUGUGGUACUGUUGGUGGCAGCAACUGGGUGGCACAGAACAAUUUCUUCUGUUGCAUCAUGCUCAAAAAAGUUGCAUCAAUUGGUACUUACCUGUCCUGUUAGACCCCAUUUGUGCCAUUUGAAAAAUCCUUUGAUGUGAAUUAGCAGUUUGGUACAGUUUGAAAUCAUUUGUUGAAGCAGAAGGGUAAGAUGGUCCAUCUAUUCACAAAUGGUGAUUCAGUGUUUCAUUCUACCUCUAAACCAUUAUGGUGGGGCAGGAAUAGAUGUGUGAGUUCAACCAAUAGCAGCUCUUCAAAAAAGAAAAACAACAAAAUGAAGUUCUUCUUUGGGACAUGCAGGGAAGGAAGUUGAUUUUCUUCAUUCCUUCUCAUCAUUGGGAACAGAAAACUGACUCUUAAAGAAAUGAAGUUAUCUUUGAAUUUUAUUUCUCUGGUCCCUGUGUGCCAUUCUUGUCCUUUAAGAUACUAGAGGGAGCAGAAACAAAAUAAACAAUCCUCCAGUAUAUAAGUCUUGGGAAAACUAAUGUAUGUUAUAGACUUCCUUGUAGAAAUGGUUACUCUAGAGAAGGGGCUCUAUCCCUUUCUUCAUGUUGUUUCUUCAUGGUGGUGUCUGGUGAUAUGAGGAGGCUGACCUGGAAAAAGGGAACAGUAGGAAGUGAAGGGGGCUCCCCAGACUUUCUCACCUCCACAACCUCCUUGGGUCUCUGAGAGUUCAUAGUUCCAAGCAUUCAUUCACCUCUUUGUCUUGAUUAGCACAAAGAUGAUUCCAUAUGAGAAAUGUAACUUGGAGACUUCUGUGCCAAAGACUGCCUCAAAGAGGCUUCAUCACUGCAUCCUUACUCCAUAAAGCCGUGGUGCUGAGAUCACUGGCUCCUUUCUGAUAACUUAUUUUCCAGGAAGUUCUUGCUUGAGGAUGUGCCAUACUUCAAGCACACAGUCUUGGACAAGUUUUGAGGCUUGAGCACAUGGCAGUGGAAUGGAAAUCAUCCUUUCAGCUGCCCUAGGGCUAAGGAAGUGAAAGGUUUCAUUCUUCUAGCUGAAAAAUCCAAGUGAAGGCAAAAGGGAGAAUCCCUAGAAAUUGUAGACUUUAGAAAUGCAAAUAAUGUUGAAGAGAGUGUCUGUGAUUUGUAGGAGUGGACACUGGUCUUCCUCAUCAUGUAAUGGAUCUCCAAGACUUUAGGUUGUUCUACCCGAAGUAAGGAGCUGCUGUUCCUAAACAAGGAGGGGACAUAUUACAAACCAGGUUUGGAGUUGGGGUUUACCCUCUAAUAAGGCUUAAUAAUGGUUGUUGGUGAUCUCAGAUAAGUGCAAUUAUGGAGGUGAUUUGCUCUUACUUCACUAUGCUACUCAUUGGACACACCAGAUACCUUUCUUUAGUUCAGAUGACAGAAGCCAGAAUGACCCUGGGCAUCAUGGUAAAUUAUAAGCUUGUCUUCAUGCCAAAUUUCAGCCACACCCAGGAGUCUGUGCUACAUGUUGUUGAAUCAAAUGUUUUGUCUCAGUCUCCAGCCAUAAGAAGAAAUGAAGUGUACCCUUGCUGCUCAUUUCUUCAGCAGCUGCCUUUUGUGAUGAAAUGACAGGAGGCUCUACAUGAAAUUCUGCAAGUAUAGUUGCUCUCUUAGGAUACCAAAUCCAAGAAACACCCAGGGUUUGUGUGAAUUGACCCUGUGUUGAUAGCAUUUGAAAUCACAGGCACCUUACUUUGUUUCUUACACCAUUCAUUGGUAGAAAAGUCACUCUGUAUACUCUCUCCUGAGCUGCAGAGGAAAGUAAGGUCCUAGGUCUGUGUUGCCUUAUCUGUUUGAGUGUUGGGUUUGGUGUGUUUUGGGCCCCAUUAUGGCUGCCCUCAAGGGUACUUCCAUUCAGGAUAUGAGCUGUCUGUGUUCAGCAAGGACACCCAAGUCCUGAAUCCCAGGUGUCUACUUCCAAGGCUGUAGGACCUGGGCAGUAUAACUAGAAGACUUAGGUAAUACUUCUAUGACCAUUUUCAUUUCAUUUGCAGAAAUAUGUUAGGAAUUUGGGUUUGCCUUCUGCUUUCAAAAGUCCUUAAGAUGCUGACAAGUUGGACAUACCCUCUUUUUAGAUUUUCUCUAUUCUGAUGACAGGUGGCAUUUACCAGCAAAUAAAUGAAAGUGCCAUCCCAUAAGCUCGACUUAAAGAUUGAGGGGGGGUUGGAGUUUUCUUCCUUUUGGUUUCUUAGUUCAGUGAUUAAGUCAAACAAAUGAUUUUUGUUAUCAUCUGCCCAAGAGGUACUUAGCUUUUUGUUUGAAGGAUGCCUGCUCUCCUCAUGGUUGCACAAAUCAGAACAUGCACAAGGCUGUGUGCAUUAGAAAAGGCCAUUGGAGGCUACUAUGGCAGUGGGUUGACUUUUUUUUCUAAUCAUAUGUGUUUGAAAUGCAUUCUGGGUAUGAUUGUUUAACUCUUGUGUGACAGAAAAUUUUGUUAUUUAGGUGGUUUUACUAUUGUAGAUAGCCUGUAAGUAAGUGCUUUGAAAAAAAAAAAAACUUUAGCAAACCAAUAAGAUGUUUUGUCUCAAAUACGAACAUUCUGUGUGUUUAGCACUUUGAAAUUAAAAAUCCAAACUUUAAAAGAUGUACUGGACUGUUAAAACCCUAACUGUGCUUUUUGAGAACACCUAUUAAGAUAUGCCUUAAUAACAACUAUUGUUUUUUAGAUGAUGGGUAGAAAAAGUUUUUAGAAAUAUAAUCAUCUAUUCAGCUUAAAUCUAGAGAUUUGACAAAGCCAUUCCUUAGCCCCUUUAAAAACAACUAGCUAAUGUGAUUUUAUAGCUUGGGCUGCCUUUUGGGAAGAAGUUAAGUAGGAUAUUGCCAAAUAAUAUUUUUGAUAAUGUAAGGAGACACAGAGACCACAGAACCUUUUUUUGUUUGUGUGAAAGCAUGUAAAAAUAGUUUAAUGCAUUUUGGCACACUUUUGACUAUAGAGUAUAUAUGAUAUCGAUAUCUACAAAUCACACACAGAUAUUGAGACUUAUACAGAUUAUGACAGUACUAAAGGUGUGCUCUGGUUCUGCAGAACAGCUUCUUAAGAUUUUGUGGGGGCCCAAAAGAAAUUUUUUUCAGAUAGGAAUUCUCCACAGGUUGAAAUAAAUGCCCAAAGCAAAAAGCAUCCUGCUAACACACAUACUUUAAUAUAUAUUAAAACCAGUGAGCAACCUGGCAAGUUGUAUAGUGCCUAAUAUGCUGGACUUUUAUAAGCAUGAGGUCCUGAGUUCGGUCCCCAGUGCCAGAGUAGUGCUCUGGUUCUCUCUCUCUAAUUAGUAAAUAAAAUUAUUAUUAAAAAAUAAAGCCAGUGAUUGAGUAUUGCAUGUGUACUUCUCCUAGCAGUGCCAGCCCCUCACCAGGUGUCUGAGCUUCCUGUAGGCAGGUCAGAGCAGGUAACACCUGUCUAUAUCCCUGUUUUAUUCACAGUAUCAGGCCAGCCCUGCAGUCACAAAUGAUACUGGAAGAAGGGGAAAUGGGCUUGUUCAUCUUGCUCUCCCCAUUGAAAUGGAGAGAGGAAAGCAGAUUGCAAACAAAAUUGUGAUAUCAGUGUGAUAAGACGAUGAUACCUGUAUCAGCUGGGCCUUUAUCAAACAACCCACCAGCAGCUCUCACAGUCAGUACUGCUCAUCUGGAUACCCCUGAGGUUUUGGUCCUGUCCACUAGCUGUCCUGUUGACUGUGUACUACUUCUGGGAGCUGGAAACACACUGGGACAUGACCUACAGCUAAUACAUUCCCAUGAAAAUUAACUGCCAGCUAACUUUCUAUCCUGUAUCUUAACUGUUGAAAAGAGAUUAAAAGAAGAAGUUUUUCUUAGGUCAUGUCCAAGUUGUGGACUGUAUUUCUCAUUUGUAGGAACCAUUCGUUACAUUUAAAGUUUUAAAAAGAAAAAAACCAAACCAAGUUGUUGAUAAAGUCCUCUGUCUCUUCUCCAUGCUGCCAUUAAGCCAAAUCAAAUGCUGUGAAACAAACAAACAAAAAAUGUGCUCCAGAAUGUAUGUUGAUGCGAAAGUGCUUUAUUUACAUAUUGAAGUCUUUGUUAUGUGAAGCUACCAAACUUUAAAAAAUGUCACCUUCAUGCUCUCUUGUUAUGGAACCCAGAAAUUGUAAAAGGGGAAAAAAAUGUUUUUGUUGCAUUUUGAUGUUUACUUUUUUUUUUUCAUGUGUAUAAAAGUUAUGUUCACUGUUUACUAUGGGGUUAGUAUUACAUUUUGGGGUAAACAAAAUAAUUUGUAUUGCUUGAUAAAAUAUUAGCUUGUAAAUUUUAAAAGGUUUCUUUACCUCAGUUAACUUAAAGUGAUGGACCAAUAAACCUAUAAAAGAUGCUUUCUUUA